GCUUGAAGGCUGUGGGUGUGGGGCCCCAUAAUCAUUUGGUCCAGGACAGGCAGUAGGCGUCAGGGGGCGCCCUAAGGCUCCACGGCAUGUGCCUGUACUGCUGGGACAUCGAGCCUUCCCAAGUCAACCCUGAAGGACCAAGACAACAUCAUCCUUCAGAGGUCACUGAGCGGCAGCUUGCAAAUAAAUGUAUUCAGAAUAUGCAAAACCUAAAGAAAGAGGAGAGGAGAUUGAAUAAAAGGUUUGCAAAGCCUUCUCCCAUUCUAGAACCAGGACUCCUAUCCCAGAUGUUUUUUAAAGAAAUGUCUACAAACUGUUCUAUACCAUUCAUCCCACCAACUGGUUUGAGGUUGCAGAGACAACUGAAAUGUUUCACAAAUAAUGGUCAUCUUGAUAAAGCAGGAGUCUAUUUGAAGGAAACCAUGCUCCAGACAGAAAUAUGUGGAUUGUGAACAUCAAGUGACAUAUCAUGAAUUGAUCAACCACAAAAUAAAUGCAAUACUCCACCAUUUCAGAAAAAUAAACACAGUGCAAGUAUUUAAUAUCCAA